GUCGUACACUUAUUGCUCCUUCCACCAUCAUUCUCAAAUUGUGCAAGGACAAAAGCCAGCACAUACAUUAACACCUCCAUUUUUUCAAAAAAAACCCCACUUCUUCAACUAUGAGAAGCAAGCAUCCAUGGAAAACACCCGCCAUAAUUUUUCUUCUCAGCUUCUCCUCCAUUUGCAGAGAAGCAAGAGAUCUUUCUACGCUUUCAUCUACCUUCUCUCUCUUUGCUUGCUAGCUUACAACAGCGCCGCCAUAUUCUGUACCCAACUCCCCGUUUCGCCGGAACGACGAACCCCCACUCCCUCGCCAGAAAAUGUCGCCGGAAAAUCAAGAAAGUUCUUCUCCGUCCAUUCGCAAGCCAAGCUCUCGUCCUCCGUACUGUACUCGGUCGCAGAAGAAAACCCAACUCCCAAAAUGAACACCCAUUUGCCGCUUCUUCAUAAAAAUCGAAUCUUGGCGCCGAUGAUUCCGAAGCUGUUCGAAGACAGGGUGUCGGAAUUUUUCGCCGGCGGCGGUUCGUUUUCGUGUAAGUUUCGUUUUUUCAUGACGUGGAUUUCUUCGGUGGAGUCUUUUGGUGAGAGAGAGUUCUUUGCUGUAAGCAGUUUAUUCAAAUCACACCCGAAUGGCUGCUUAAUCAUAGCUUCGAGUUCACUCGACUCGGUAAACGGGUCGGAAAUCUUGAAACCCUUUUCCGACAAAGGUUUUAAAGUAGCAGCAAUUACCCCGGAUUUCAAUUAUUUGUUCAAUAACACCCCUGCUCAAUCAUGGUACAACCGGUUAAUGCAGGGGAAUGUGAACCCGGGAGUUGUACCUUUAGGGCAGAACUUAUCGAACUUGCUCCGGUUAGGGCUGUUGUACAGAUUCGGCGGCAUUUACUUAGACACCGAUGUGAUAAUCUUGAGAAGUUUCGGUGGACUGAAAAACGCGAUCGGCGCACAAACCCUCGAUCACGAAACGGGUAAUUGGAGCCGGUUGAACAAUGCCGUGAUGGUAUUCGAUAAAGAGCAUCCUCUCGUUUACAAGUUUAUCGAAGAAUUCGCGCUCACGUUCAACGGGAGGAAAUGGGGUCACAACGGGCCUUAUUUGGUUUCAAGGGUCGUUUCGAGGGUGAGCGGACGGGCCGGUUACGAUUUUACCGUUUUGCCCCCGAUGGCCUUUUAUCCGGUGGAUUGGAGUAGGAUAGGGAGCCUCUUCAAGGGCCCGAGUGGGAAUUUGAUUCACUCGAAGUGGUUGGUUGCGAAAUUGAGGCAAAUUCGAAGCGAGAGCUUUGCGGUUCAUCUUUGGAAUAAGCAGAGUCGAAAGCUCGAAGUCGAAAAGGGGAGUGUUAUUGAUCAUAUACUAAUGAGUAUAUAGAUAGAACAAUGAAUUUUUUUUAUUAUGGUUUAAUUUGCAUAUUCUCACUGCAAAGUGUUUGAGAAGAAAUAGUUUUUUUUAUUAUUAUUAUUUUUUUUGGACAAGUUUUAGAUGAAUUAUAGUGAUAUGUAUUGUCUGCAUUUGCCAAGCAAAAUUGCUUAGAGCAAUUGUUUUUGCUUUCUUGAUUUAGACAUACACAUGAUUGUAAAAUUGUAGUAGUUGUUUGAGUUUAUGUAAAGUAUUUAUUGUAAAUUUGUCUUUAAAUGAAUAAUUUUUUUUAAAG